GUCAAAUUAUCAAAUCAAUUAAUUUUUUUUCCAAACUCUUGUGUCAUAUCUUUUGUACAAAACACGUUGCGUCAUCGUACAAAUCUAGUGUAAUUAUGAUGGUUUAGUAUUUAUUUUUUCCGAGUUAUUUAUUUGUCGAUAAAAUGUGACGUUUGGUUGUAACGCCAAAAAACGGCUGACACUUGAACAGAAUAUAAACAAUUUUGGUAUGAGGUGAUUAAAAUGUGAGAAAAAAAGGAAUAAGAAGCGAAUAGUUUUGCAUAUUAAAAUGAAACGAUUUUUGACUUUCUAACCCUGAAAAUGGUUUUACUUUUGUGCAAAAUUUGUGACCGGAAAAUCGAAUUUUCCCAGUGGAAAAAACACAUUUCGAAUGAAUCACACGUUCGAAGUUUACCAUCAUCAAUUUUUAUUAAAGGGACUCCACUGAACACCAAAUUGAACGCUGUCUGCGAACAUUUUGCAAAAUUCGGGAAAUUAACCAAACGAGAAUCGCUAGAUUUCGGCACAACCCUUGAAAUAUCAUACGAGGACCCAAACAUCUAUUCUGACGUCGUGCACCGUGAACAUGCAGUUGAAGGCGAAAUUUUAAAAAUUUUCUGGUACAAAACAGUCAAAUCAUUCAAAGUUGUUGUCAGCUUCACCAAACAGGAGGCGAUUACCAAUGGCGCCACAAGACGCAUAGUCGAGCUGGCAAAAUUGCUGAAAGACGCACAAUCGUUUGAGCAGGAACUAGAAAUUUUUCUGGACACUGUCAAGUCUUAUAACGAUGAUUUCGGGAGAAAAAGUCAAGUGAUUCGUGGUUUGUUGCUGUCGCAUUUCAACAAAGUAGUUUUCUAUGGAUCGAGUAUCCUGGAUGUGGAUGUGUUUACGAGAAAUUGCAAUCUUUACCUCGAGACUGGUAAGCCAAUUUUGCCGAUUUUGAUUGGUUCGAAUCGGUUCAGCAACAGCAUGUUGACAAGUGAAGGUGCGAAAUGUAUUUACGAAGAUAGUGAGAUUCGAGUGGCUUGUUGCGUGAAUUUGCACAAGCUUUUGUUUGUCAAAACUUGCGAUUUGGUUAAGUAUUACUUAACGUUGGACGAAAAGUUGGUUCCUCUUGUGGCUGUGAUAAAAAUGUGGGCUUUGUGUAAUGUGCCUGAAGAAGAUUACACGUCCAGCUAUAUGCUGUAUCUUAUGGUUAUUUUCUAUUUGCAACAAGAGCCGUUCAAGUUACCUGCCGUGUUGUCACUACAAGAGGAUUCAUUUACUAAUUUUGUAGACGGUUGGAAUUGUUAUUUUUUUCCAAAAGUUGUGACAAGUCCAGCUCUUGAAAACGCCACUCUUCUCAAAUUGCUUGAGGGUUUUUUCGAAUUUUAUUCACACUUUGAUUACUUCACUUAUGUGAUAUGUCCAUAUUUGGGAUCACCGUUGAAAAAAACAGUUUUUUUGGACUCUUGCGAAUUGCCUGAAUCGUUUGAUCUUUACACAAAAUCGUCAGAAAAACUACAAGUCAAUUCAGGAUUGUGUAUUCAAGAUCCUUUCAAUCAUUCGAGCAACAUUUCAAAGGCAAUGACUGAUGAAAUGUGCGGAAAACUGAUGACUUUGUGCAGAGUCACUUCAAACUUGAUCAAAUCGGGAGAAACAAGACUUUACAAUUUAUGGAUGAACAAUAUGCAUAAUCUCUUUGAGCAAAUAACAAUUGAGCAAGACUGCGAAAUGGACGAGAAAUUAUGGACUCAAACAGUCAAAGACGUUCUUUAUCAAAUCUUGACGCAAGUUUUGUUUUUGGAUGUUAAACCAGGCCCGAAUUGUACACAUUUACCCGACUGUUAUGUGUAUUCAUGCACAAACACCAAAUCAAAUACGGAAAGUUUUGUUGGAAAGGUUACAGUCAAGCUAGCGUUUAAUUAUGGACCUCGCAAUAAGGCUUCAGUCAUCCUUAAGACAAAUAAUCCCAAUUUUCACCUAGCACACUUGAUUUUCAUCAAACUGACGAGUUUUCUAAAAGAAAAGAUUGAAAACUUGAAAAAUGUCACUAAUAAACCAAAUGUCAAACAAGUGCUGAUAAGCCACCUGAGAUCAGGCACGAACCUCCUUCACCAGUUGCUAAUUUUAUUGAAAAAUCUUCCGGGGAAAAAUGACCACAGCAUAAAGAUUCUUCAGGAUGUGAAAUUAAUGUUAACAUCGCAAUAUCCUAAAAUUAAAAUUAAAAUUUUUGGUUCGAGAGUAAUGAAACUGGGCACUUGUUUCAGUCACUUGGACUUUAGUUUAAGUAAAAUUGCAUCAAGUGACAUGACUUUGCUAGGCGAACUGUUGUCGAAAUUUAACAUUUUUACUGACGUUUCAAUUGUUAACAACGGAGCAACGCUUCAAUGCACACAUAAAGCCACUCAGACCAUUUGCCACUUAUGGUUUGUAAACCAUUUGUGGUUGGCUAAUGAACGGUUGGUGAGGUGGUACUUCAGUUCGGGAGUGGUUGUACGUCAGAUGUAUAUGGUUGUUAAGUUUUGGACGAUUUGUAAUGACCUUGAUAACCAUUUUACCUCGUAUGUUCUCUACUUGUUGGUGGUUUUUUUCCUCCAACAAAACCACAAGUUUCCCUCUGUUGCAACACUGCAAAAGGAUGUUCCUCCUUAUCGGAUCAAUAAAUGGAAUUGCAAUUUCAAACAAAUCGAAUUUCUUAGCAAUAAAUGUGUGAAAUUAUCCGAACUUCUAGCCGGUUUUUUCCAAUUUUAUAGCAACUUUGACUACAUUUCGUACGUGGUUUCGCCAUAUUUUGGCGCCCCUUUGCACAAACUUGACUCAAAUGAAACAUUUAAAAUACACUCCGGCCUAUGUGUGCAGGAUUUUUUCGUUCUAUCAUCAAACGUCACAGCUUCGAUUCCUCUAAAUAUCGCUGGGAUUUUUGCAAAUUUGUGCCAAAAAACUCACAGGGUGUUAUCAUUAUCAACUCCCCAAUUACACACGGUGUUGUCACGUGUUGGCACCGAUUGUAGUUUUUUUAUUGAAAUGGAGCAAGGACGCAAUGAAUUGGCCUGGCAACAAUCGGUCAAAGAGCACACUUUAAAAAUUAUAUCCAAAGUGUUGGGUUGCAAAAAUAUAAACAUAAUCAUUGUCUCCUCCACAUAUAUCAAGUAUAUGUUCGUCGAAAUGAAACAUUUUUGGGACAAGAGAGCCGAUUUUAUGAAAAGUUUGCAACAACAAUUGAACGGUUGUAGUGAUAUUGAGCGAGAUAUUACAAUUACUGCACAUAUCACCAAAGUAUCACCAAGUGAUGCGGACUGGAAGUCAUCACUUGAAUUAAAAUUUCACCAAAAUCCAACAAAAGUACAAAUUACAGUCAUAGGAAAUUACAAUCAGACACACACCUGUUAUUUUUUCUUCACCAGACUGCUCAAAUUACUGGGGGAAAAACCGGAGAUCAGUAGAAACAUACAAAUACCAUUGCUUGGCAAUGAUAACACAGUGGCUGAGUGGACCGGUAACUACGCCGAAUUAUAUCGACCGAUAACCGAACGUAUUGAAGGAGAUUUUUCUGAACAAAUAGCAACAUUUCAGAAGUUUCAAACCGAAGUGACCAAAAACGUCGAUAUAAUUACACGUGACAUAGGUUCGGUUUUUACAAAUCCAACCACCAUUGGUGUGUUUCUCCCUGGUGAUAUUUUGGAUUUUUUUGUUGACUGUGAUAAGGAAAGUGAUAUGGUAAUCCUGCUUAGUAAAAGUAGUGAAUUUCGUGAUGUGACACUUAUCCAAAAGUGUCAAAACCUUGUGGUAACUUGCACGCAUCGUAAAACCGGAAUUGUUUGUCACUUGGAUAACCGCCACAAGGUGGCGCAUGCGACUAGUCACAUGAUCCAAGCCUACUUACACGAAAAACAAGUCCUGUUAUUUUUCAAUAUAAUAAAAUUGUGGGCUGGACGUUGCAAAUUCAUGGAUGAGUGCGGUUUUACGAGUUAUAUAUUCAAUUUGAUGAUAAUUUUUUUCUUGCAACACGAAUUGCAUUAUCCAGCAGUUGCCGACUUACAGAAAUCUGUAAACUGGGGUGAAAUUCUUCUGAAAAAGAGUUUACACGAGUUGCUAGUGGCGUUUUUUAAGUUUUACGGCGAUUUUGAUUAUAUUUCGUUUGUCGUUGCGCCGUUUUGCGGUGUUGCGGUUGAAAAAUCAAUGUUGCAAGAUAAGAAAUUUCCUGUGAAUUCAGGAUUAUGUAUUCAGGAUCUGAUCGAUCACUCGUGUAACGUUUCGGCUGAGGUUACGUUAAACUCAUCAGGGAAAUUCGCAGAAAUGUGUCGGAGAGCGUAUACUUGUAUGACAGAUAAUCAGGAUUUAGUACCUUUGGUGAAUCCCCCCAUUUGUAAUUUUGCGGCGUUUAAAAUCGAGGAAACUGGCCAUAAAAACGAAAAAGAAUGGAUACAAUUACUUAGGAUCAGUGUUACUAAAAUUUUGGUUGAUAUGUUAGGAUGUAAAGUAUCUUCCGUUGGAAAUUAUAACACUUUUUGUGUUGUUUACAACUGCGUUUUGAAUCAUGAUAUUUGGAGUGAAAGAAUGUCCGCUUUGAAACAAUUAAACGGUUCCGAUACUUUGAGUAAAGAAACUUCAGCUACGAUGUUUAUUAAGGAAAAAUAUGGAGCCACUUCUUUGUCCAAAUUCGUUGUUAAUAUGUCGUUUGACAAAGAUCCGAUUUCUGUUCAAAUUGAAAUUAGAGGAACUGGAGAUAUUUUUCAUUUGACUCAUUUUGUCUACACAAGAUUGAAACUAAUUCUCGACAACAAUAUAGAGGAUGACGCUUCUCCCACAGAUGAAGUAGAUUUGAACCAAGAAUUGUUGGAUGACGCCUGCAGUAAGGAAUCGGAUGAAAUGUUCGAAAAAUUGGUAGCAAGUCUGCAGGAAGCAUCAACUAUCGACGAGCAAAUGGCGAUUUUUUCGAAAAUUCUUCACUAUUCGAAAAUUGAAAUCGAAGAGAUUCGAGAUUUGAUCCAAAUCGAUUUGUAUUCAGCGUUAAGUCCGACUUUUCCGUCUCAUAAGAUCGAAUUUUUCGGUUCAAAUAUCGGUUUUAAAAACAGUGAUUUUGACAUAAACAUCGAUAAUAUCACUAGCGACAUACCAACCCUCGAACUAGUGAAAACCCGAGUUAUGGCAUGUUCUAACUUUUCAAAUGUCACAAUGGGCGACAAACAAAUCAAGUUCAAACAUGACGAAACCGACGCCAACUGUUGUCUGUAUGUAAAAAACAAAAUGUGGGUCAGCACCAGCAAUUUGAUCAACUAUUACUUAAGUUUGGAUAACAAGUUAUGUGAUGUUUUUUCUGUGAUUAAUUUUUGGGCCGAUUAUUACGGCUUAAAAAAUGGUUUUUUCACCACUUAUUCAUUAAACCUACUCAUACUUUUCUACCUUGAACAAGAACCGUACAAGUUACCACGUGUCAAAGACUUGCAAAAAGAUGUAACACCUCAGAUUGUAGAUGGCUGGAACUGUGCGUUCAAUUGUUUGAAAUGUGACAGUUUGCCACUACAAAACGCCUCAAUUGCCCAUCUAGUCAUUGGGUUUUUCCACUAUUAUGCCAACUUUGAUUACGUUUCGUUUGUCAUUUCGCCGUAUUUUGGAACCGUGAUUGAAAAAAUUCGUUUUGUUAAUCAACAUUUCGUAGUUAAUUGUGGUGUUGCCAUUCAGAAUAUUUUCGAACUUUCGAAGAAUGUCUCAUCGGAUGUGCCACUAGGAUGUGUUGGAAGGUUUGCAGCCCUGUGUCGGAACUCAGUUGAAGCAUUAACCAAAGAUUUGAAAUUGACUCAUUUAUUGGAAGCGAAGGCUGAUUGUAUUUUUGAAAUUGGAAAUUUACAUAAAUACGACGUUGAAGCGUUUGGAAUUUUGGUCAAGAGACUAAUUUUGAGAGUUUUGAACAUUUUGAACGCAAAAGUGAUCGAAAAAUCGUACUUUCGGUACGAGUGUGAGGUCAAGAAGAGUGUCUUUGAUAAUGUGAAGAAUAUUUCUUCACCCAUUCAUGCUACCAAUGAUAUUAUUCGAGACAUUAUUGUUACGACGUUUUCCGAAGGCUUGAUCCAAUUUUCACUCACAAUCGAUGCUACGAAAAAUGUUUGUAAGAUUGCCUUGUUGGGGGAAGAAAACGAUUUGAUCUAUUUCAUGACACACUUUAUUUAUAUCAAACUUUUGAAAUAUCUGACAGAGAAACCAGAUCAAGUGUCCUGUGGCACGAAACCAUCUGUCCUUUCUUCAAAUUUUCAAACAAAUGAUGAUGAACAAAACGACUCAUUUGAAGAUGAUGAUGAAGACAUUCCAUCUGACUUUUUCGACGAUUUCUCAAAAGAAGAAUUUCUUAACGGUCUUGACUUAGAGUUUUGUGAUGAAAAACGCCCAAAGCGUAGAAUUCGCUGUUCUAGUUCUAGUUCUGAAAGUUCGACACCACCAAGAAAAAAAAAGUCAAUUUCACCUCAUCAUGAUGUUAAUGCACAGCCUACUGAGGCCCCUCAACCUGUCGACAACAUAGAUCAACUUUUUGUCGAGAGGAAGAUUUCAUUGACGGAUUUCUUAACACUGACCUUACGACGUGAAGUAAAAACCAAUAGUGAAGAAAAAAUGAAAUUGAUUUCGCGAUGUCAAGAGGCUAUUAAAAUCCUAAGUGAAGAUUUGUUGAUUUUUCCAAGCAAGUUUACAGUUACACCAUCGAAUAAAGUUGUCGAUUCUAAUAAGUUAAGAAUUAAAUAUCGAUCGCCGUUACUUCGAAAUUUGGUUAAAUUUAAUUUUACGACUUAUCAAGGUCCAAAAAAACUCGAUACGUUUUCACAGAGUUUAGAUCAUGUUUUGCAACGCCUGGGUUUGUUGAAAGAAGAUAAUAAUUUGGAGAACUUGAUCGAUUCAAUAACUACAGCUUUGAUUAAUAGUCCGAUUGUGGAUAAAGAAACUGUGGCUUCGAUUUUGAAAGCUUCACUUUUGAAUUUGAAUUGUGUAAAUUGUGAUUCGAAAUUAAUGAUACAACAUGUGGAUGUAGCAACGCAGUGUCGGUUUGAAUGUGAAAGAAAUGGAUUUGAUGAGGAUUCAGGGACUUUCUUUGUAUGAGGAGAAGAGAAUUUCAUUUGAUUUUUUUUUUUAAUAAGAAGUUAAAAUAGUUUCUUAAGAGUAUUACAUUAGUUUUAAGAAAAAGUUUAUUUUUGUUACUUAUUUGAAACGUUAUUAAACGUUUUUCUCGA